AUGCUAUCGGUACAGUCGCCCGGCUGCGCGGGAAUGGAGCGGCUCGGCGUUCCUGCCGGUAGUUCCAUUGGCUCACCACCUCUCAGAGAUGAACGAAGCCGGCGAUUACGGGUGGACUCCGGCGUGACGGCGAAUGCCGCCACCAGCAACUCUUACCAACAUCUUCCCAACUUGCACCAUCACAGCCAUCAUGCGCUUCACCACCACGAUCAUCUAUUAGUAAACAGCGGUAGUAGUGAUAAUAGAAAUUAUAUGAACAAUCACAGCCAUCAGCAGCAGUACCAUCAUACGGCGUCGACGACGACGACGACGCCAGGCAGUCGCCACAAGGAUGCAUGCUCUAGCAGUUCCAGCAGCGGAAGCAGUAGCAGUAGCAGCAGCAGUAGCUACGGCAAACACAGCAACCAUCAAAGCACCAGCAGUUUCUACGGAGGAAACAACAACAGCAGUUUGUGCAUCAACAGCAUCAGCAAAUGUCCGCAUCACGUGGCACUACCGGAUGGUGAACGGGGGCCGGACCGGAAUCUGCAGAUACCGCAAUCGGAGAUCCCCCGAACGUACGUCAAGGCUCCCCCGAACAAAACGGUACGGGACGUCCCGCCGCAGUACCAAUCGGGAGCAUCCUCCACAUCGUCGUCCAUGAGCAAUCUCAACAGUCACCUUCGCGGAGCAGCAGGUGGUUCGGCAGCGAUGAGCCACUCGCUCAGCGGGGGUGUCAGUCUGGGUAACCGGGCCAUAGUCAAUAGUCUGUCGGCGUACGGUUCCUCCAGCAGUACGGCUGGCGGCACCACCAACACCACCGCCAAACCCAAGUCUGAACUGAAACUGAGAGAUAUCCUGCGAACGAUCACAGAUAACCACGCUAUCCCAGAAAAUCCCUCAACAAUUGAAGGUAAAUAUAUUUUUACAGUAGUGCGUAAGACAGUAAAUAGAAACCAUGCGAAGAAGUUUCAAAUCUAUGUGCAAGACUACCAUUUAGUAAAGUGUGCAACCAAAACGACGAACGAGUAACUAUCAGUAAAGAAAGGAUUGGGAAGCGAAUAUUAUGUAACAUAAAUUACAUUUUAGAAAGGUAUCAAAAAGUCAAGUAAAAAUGACAACCAUUUAGCCCUUCGGAGGGUGCCCAAUGGAAAAUACUAGUGAAAUUUGAUUAUUUGUUAAGUUAAAUUAUUUAAUUUUAAAUCAAUUGUAUUGGCUGGAGUGAGUUAGAUACUCGUGAAUAGUCCUAACAUAAAAUACAAGCUAGUGCAUUGAUGAACAUAUAAACCAACAAUAGGAUGAAUAACAAUUCGCUUCUUUAUGAAUCCAGUUUAUGCAAAAUUCUGAAUAAUAAAACAAAAGGAAUGGAAAUAGCUCAAGUACUACCGAAACACAAUAAUUAUGUAAAGCACACAGAUGAUAAAAUAUAAACCAAUACAUACACGUUCACAUAGAUACCGAAAACAGGCAGACCCGUACGGCAGCAAAACACACAUACCACACAUGCUACAAUACUACACGUAAACAAUAAAACAGUGUACCACAACAAAGCAAAACAAAAAUAAACGGAAAGCUUUUUUUGUCAAUAGCAGCAAACGAUAAACUACAAAUUUUACUAUUACAAACUACAAUAUAUACUUCCGAAGCAACCACUACUACAAGCAAAACUAUUAUAAAAUAGAACCGCAACAAACAAACAAAACUACUACAAGCAACAGCAAACAAACUACAUCCACACACUACUAUACCACAUACAUAGAUCACAUGGCUGGGAAUGUGUAAUCUUUCUAUAGAGGGAAAAGUAAAUCAUCCGCGAACAAGAGAAAAAGAACGAUGAGCGGGCGGAGUACGCGAAAUAGUUUUAAAAAAGUAGGCAAAGGAAUCAAGUAAACUAGAUAAAGAACUGGGAAAGUUUAGGUUUAGCAAAGGAGAGAGAAUGAAUGAAUGUAUGCGUUUUUUGUUCGUAUUUCCUAGCGUAGCAAAGUGUAUACUUUGAUUUCGUCGAGAGGCCUUUUGCGCGAGCGGAAGGCUUUGUAAAGUAAAGCCGGCCAUAUACACUUUUUGUUUGUUUUUGUUUUGAAUCAAUUCAACCGAAUCUGGUCAGAGAGAUUUGGUCAAAGUCGAAGAUGGGGGGAGGGCAAAAUGACGGUAAGAGGGAGGGUUUUCGCGAAUAAAUUGUGAUAAUUUACCAAAUUGAACAUAAAAAAAUCAUUUUACUCAUACCAACCCUGCGGGAGGAGGGGUGUUCAAAUUUAUAGUUAGGAGUUGUUUUUUUUUAGUUUUGGAACAAUGCCACGGCGGUGGAAUAAAAACGGUAAGAAACUUUAGUAGUAGGUAUUAGGAAAAUGGAUAUUCAAAAUUUGCAGCUAAAUAUCAACCAAAUUAUCAAAAAUAAAAACGCAGCUGGCCAGGCGUUCGACGGAAGCGUCAAGGUACCCGUACACAUACAUUUAAAUGGCCGGGGCUCUGCUUAACCGCACAAGGCGCCAAAAAAUCAUUUUUUAGUUAAAUUUUCGUGUAGCAGGUUCAAUCGAUCACAAAGCAAGCCCAUAAUUCUACAACAAAUUUCCCGUAAAUCGUAAUUACAGCUUAUGAAUCAAAGGUAAAAAAAACGCCUUCUCUCACUGAUUCUGAGUUAAUUUUUUUGUUGAGGCGAUCAUGUAGCGGAAGCCUUCAUCUCUCUGCUAGUGAUGUUGAUUAGCGUGAAAAAGUCAUCAAAACAAGGCAUUGUUUUCGUUAGGCUUUUAAGCCAAAAUCAUAUGUUAUAGAAGCAAUGUCCACAUCAAUUGAUAUGAAUAAAAUAAUCGUUUUCGUUUUUACGAACAAGGUGCGGUUUGGUAGAACCUCGACUAAAUAAGAAAAGUUCCACACAGGGGGUUCAUAGAUGAAUGCUUAGUAUCGGAUCGAAGUAAACCAGAGAGAGAGAGGAUUACGAUAGUGUUGCUUAAAAGAGAAGGGGAAUAAUAAGGAAAAGAAUGGAAGACGCGAACAGUUUAUUUAAUAAACUAAAUUUAAUCGUAAGAGAAAGUGAAAUUGUGAUAUAUACAAGGUAAAGAAUAAAAAUACACGGAAAACUACUAAGCGGUGUUCAUUACGUAUAGAACGGAAAACCAGUAAUAAGGGAAUGUAGCAUUAACUAAUUUUUAAAUGUGCAGUGUUUGUGUGACGGAAUAAUGUGGCUAGAAUGCGUUGUUGAUGAUCUAAUGUUGAAAUCACGUAAGUAAAGUUGAGGGAAUCAAUGUCAAUGCUGUUCAAUGGUCCGAAGUGUAACUGAUGGGAAUAUCUAAAUUUAAGCAAGACGUUUGAUUAUUUUUAGUUAAAUCUCGUAAUCAUUGUUCUGUGCGAUUUAUAAAUUUAUGAAAUCAUGAACGUUAUCCAUGAUUUUCAGAAUAUUGGCCAUGUGCACAAUAGCCAUCCAAAAUUCACCUCAUUCACACUCUUACACAUGGGUUGCUCCAGGAAGAACUAAAAAGUCAAAAGUUAAAACAUAUUUUAAUUUAAAAAAAUAGUACACGGGGGUCGUCUUUUCACGCGGCUUUGUGAUUUAAACCUAUUUAGGGCGAAUUUUGGGAUUUUUCUGGUUCUAUUUAAUGGGGAUUUUGAUUCCCAUGUUGAACUUUGUAUAAUCAUCAUUCAUAAUGGAUCAACCAAGGUAACUUAUGUCGUACUCAUCGCAUCAAAACAACGUUUAAAACAUAACUGAUUCACUGUGGCGUCAGCUGCUCGUCUCAUAAUUACCCCUUUUGACAGGUUUAUAUUUUUGCGAUUAAGGCAAAAGCAUGUGAAAUCAAAUUGUCAAUUUCGGGCAAUGCUGGGUAUAUACAGCUGUGUUUUACCCUUUGAAUCUUGAAUGAUUCAUUUUUUUGAAUUUCAUUCAUUUAUUUAGUUUACAUCUAAACAGAUAAUACUGAGUCAACAAUUUGACGCCACAAUACACGGUUCGAGGCCGCAUCUCUCCAUCCUCGAAUGCGCCCCAUGCUCGCCAAGUCGUUUUGCACCUGGUCUGCCCACCUUGCUCGUUGUGCUCCACGCCGUCUCGUACCUGCCGGAUCGGAAGCAAACAUCAUCUUUGCAUGAUUGCUGGCCGCCAUUCUUGCAACAUGUCCUGUCCAUCAUAUCCUCCCGGCUUCAGCUACCUUCUGAAUACUGGGUUCGCCAUAGAGCUGGGCGAGCUCGUGGUUCAUUCUUCGCCGCCACACACCGUUUUCUUGCACGCCGCCAAAGAUGGUCCUAAGCACCCGUCUUUUGAAUACUUCGAGUGCUUGCAAGUCCUCCUCGAGCAUUGUUCAUGUUUCAUGUCCGUAGAGGACUACCGGUCUUAUCAACGUCUUGUACAUGACACAUUUGGUACGGUGGCGAAUCUUUUUUGACCGCAGUUUCUUCUGGAGCCCACAGUAGGUCCGACUUCCAUAGAUGAUGCGCCUUCGUAUUUCACGACUACCAUUGUUAUCAGCCGUUAGCAAGGAUCCGAGGUAGACGAAUUCCUCGGCCACAUCGAAGGUAUCCCCAUAUAUCGUAACACUGCUUCCCAGGCGGGCCCUGUCGCGCUCGGUUGCACCCACAAGCAUGUACUUUGUCUUCGAUGCAUUCACCACCAAUCCAACUUUGGUUGCUUCACGUUUCAGGCGGGUAUACCGUUCUGCCACCUUUACAAAUGUUCGACCGACAAUGUCAUCCGCGAAACAAAUAAAUAAACAUUUCUUUGAAUCUGACUAUUUAAGAAGUCUGUAAUAAUCACCGUCUGCAGUUAAAUUUAUAAGCGUGUACGAUAAGGUGGCUCAAUUAUUUAAAAAAUAUUUUCGAUACUGAUACUGUGAACAAAAUUGUAUGCUUAUCGGCUAAUGUUUGGGCGGUGCUUCAUUCAUUUGAUGUUUAUCUUCGAAAAUUUAUAAAGGAACAUCGAUAUUCAGUUUGACGCUAGUUGGCGCUACCUAUUACUGAGUAGCAAUAAAUGUGGUGUUGAAAAUAGAAGUUCUGGUAACUCAAACAGUCAAAUUUGUUUUAUCUGGUUGUAGCGAAGACGCCCAAAUUAUUAUCGAUGAUAUGAAAUCUAAAAUAUUGCCCAAAUUAAGUGGAAGAAAAAAUCUUUUCUGGUCCGUUCCUUUCACGGCAAUCAGGCUGUUGAAAAACAGUUGGAUACAAAGAAAGUGCGAUUCCAUUUGACAAAAGCAUGGCAGUGAAUCCAAAAUACCACCCGUGGGUGUUGCGAUUCCAACUAAAUCAUUAAUGUUAGCCUCGGUGAAAAACAGCGAACAAUGUCAAUUCAGACGGCAAUCACCAUGCAACCAACAUGCUCCAGGGCAUCGCGAAUAGAUUUUCCUAACGAGAUGUUUUAACUCGCGCAAUUUUACGAAAGGAAAAACAUUCACAGAUCGCUAACUGUGGGAGCCGAAGAAAGCGAAAUAAUGGUGACAAGCGCGCAAUUGUUGUUUUGACAAAAACCUGAACGAGACUUCUUCCAUGAAGGUAUCUAACCAAUCAGGACCUAAUCGCUGAAGGGAACACGAUGUCUAAAUAGAAAUGCUUUUAUUUUUACUAAUUGACAGUGAAAACAUGGACGGCAUCGCUAUUGAUCUUUGUAAUAUUCAUAAAAUUUGAAACUUGGCCAAUGAUGAGUUUUAAAAAGCAAAAUAGAUGUUUUGGAAUUUUUUAUAAUUAGGUAUGUCCUUCGCAAUGAAAGUUUUAAAUUACUAUUGGCGUUUGUACGCGGUUUCUUAAGCUAUUUUAUUAGCUUAAGUUUUAUUGCGGCAGUCGCAUUUUAUACAAGUUAUAUUCCACCAUAGUUCACAAACACCAAAUACCUGCGUAAAGACGAUUGCAUUAUGCGAAAAAUCUUACUGAAUAUUUGGGAUUUGAAUUAAGAAUUAAAAUAAAUAAUAAGGAUGGACCACCGACAGUAAGCAUUGCAAACAGAGUUGGAUUCCCUUUGCCCAUCUCGCUUGUCAAUAUACAAAUUUAUAAACAACGAUAUAGAAAUAUUCAAUUUAAACACUGUUGAAAAGCUAAUUAGGACUCCAUGUUAGAAGGCAGGCCAAGUUUCAGUGAGAAUUCGAAACCACGAAGUAGUUAGAGCAACUUCCUGGCUAACAAACUCUAAUCGGUCAUUUUUCUUAGAUUCGUCAUUAUUGUAUCGCUCAUAAAAAAAAUCUACUCCUUUGCUUAUUUUUCGUCGCAACAAAAAAUAAACGCCAGAUAGUCGCCUCAGAAAAACAUACCUCCAGAAAAAAGCCAUUUCGAUAUUUUUGAAAAUUUGGCCACCACGUGGUGGAUUCUAAUGGUGAAUGCCUUGAAAGCACGUGCUUUUUGUAGUGCGGAUAAAUGAGAGCCUUAGAAAAUGAUCACGAAAGUUGGCAUUAUGUUGCAAGGCACAAUACUUACAGCACUAAGAAUGCGAUGAUUUUCUGCCGUCUUAUAGGUAUUCGAAUGAACUGUACUGGGAACAUUGCACUGGAUUGCUAACUCUUAUGGCACUCAAUGAUCCUAAUUAUAGAAAACAUUUCAAAAUUCAAAAUUGAAGAACGUAAAAUUUUCACGUCAUCUUUUCUUCACGACCUACUUUGAUCUUCUGCGCCUUUUCAUUUUUCCAAUAAGUAACAAACCCACACAAAAUAAUUGCAAUAAAAAUUAAUUGAAUCCCUUUGAUUGAGGCUUUAUCUGAUGCAUGAGAUGCCGUGAUAAUGCUGUUCGAACUUUAAAUAACCACAGAAUAUGAGACUGACAACACUUUAUAUUGGAAGAAACAAGGCUAGAUAGGGAGAUUUAAAAGUAAAAACUGAACAUUUUAUUUCACAAAUGUCAGUUAUUGUUUAGAACAACGGUUCUCAACCUGGGGUAUAUGUACCUUUACCUUUGCUGGUCUCAAGGGGUAACUACACCCAACCGGCGGUUGUUAGAUUUUCUAACAAUUCUGUAUAAGAUCUACCAAAACAUGUAUAAGAACUGGGCAUAUGCGAAAUUGUUAGAUUCUUAUGCACAAAAUGU